AAGUUGCUGUGUUGAUCGCGGUGUGGAAAGUCGCAUCAGAGACUUUUCCUCACUUACCAAGGGAUAUUUUAAAAAGUGGAAACAGUUUCUAGGAAGAUGUCAUGCUAAUCAAUGUCUUAAUCAAUGUCUAAAUUCUCAUGCAUCUGUUCAUUCCAAAAAAUUAUAAUAUAAAUGAAAUAGAUAAAAAAUAGUUAAUCAAGGAUGUAGGCAAAUUGUUGAGCAAUGACUGUACCUUUUCAAUCACCAUAUGCUGAUAGAAACUUUACAAGUUAAAAGGCAUUCCAUUCGAUUUUAUUAUUUUAUUCAUGUAAUAUAAUUUUAUGUAACCACAUCUAUUCAUUUAUAGUUCAAACCUGAUUAUACUUUCAACUACUGGGGUUAUUCUUUCUUAUGCCCACACUGCCUUUUCACACUACAUAUUGGCAUAAUCAUAUCUGUACUGUUAUUUAUUUGUUUAUAUCUAAACAUAUGUACGUUAUUCUGCACUUCUACUGCUUUUCGCACUUCUUGCUAGACACUAAACUGCAUUUAUUUCUCUCAGUUCUUGACAAUUAAAUCUAAUCUAAUAACACUUUGAUGCUGAAUAAAUUUCAGAACGAUAUUAUUGGAAAUUCAAUAUUUCAUAUCUUUUAUGUUCAGAUAAAGGUUUGAGGAAGGUACCAUAAUCCGAGUCAUUGACGAUGAUGAUGCUGAUGAUUCUCUAUGUAUUACAUAGGCGACAGGUCGGGGCUUAUGUAUGUAAUUUAAAAUGUCAGCAUCGUCCUAUGGGACAUUCAGUGAUUAAUAUUCAUUAUACGUAGAUAUGAGUUUGGAUUUGGAUCUGGACAUGAGUCUUUACUGAGCAGAAAUCACCAAUUAUAUGAGUCAAAUACAAACAGAAUUACUCAAGAAAAUAUAUAACGUAUAAUUCAAAUGAAUGUGGGAAAAACAAUCACUGUUUGUUGGUGUAAACAAAUCCCUUUAACCCAGCAGAAGGUCCUGGUGCUGAUCCUGAUGCUGCUGCUGUCUCAACUGACCUGUGACGCUCACAGCAUGUCUGAUUGCUGCAGACAGCCGUCUCGCUCCUGUCGCCUCUACGUGUUGCUGUGCCGCGCUGGAAGCAAGACCGUGGGGGGAACUCUCACUGGAGACGCUGCUGCCGGCAUCCUCACCCUGGGCAAACGGAAGGAGGAAGAGCAACGCUUGCACAGCCGACUCCACCACCUCCUGCAGGUCUCCAGGAACCAGGCAGCAGGGAUCCUGACUAUGGGGAAGAGGACAGAGGAGAGGGCUGGAGAGCCGUACAUGGACUGGAUGGCUCGGUCAGGAACCAGCAUCACAACACCCCUCAAUGUGUGAAGGCAUACUUAUACCUCAUGGUACAAAUAUACUGGGACACUGUUCAAAUGUAGGAAGUAAAAUCACACUUAUUUUUUGAGAGGUAUUUAAUAAAAAUGAAAAUUGUUUUGCUCAUGGGGAAACUUGAUUUUCUUGCAUUUUCCUUUUGAUUGUGAUAUGAUUUGCAUUUGUCUUUAAGAGAACAAUAAGGCAUUGUAGAAUAAAAAACAAUCAAACCUGAAAA